AGCCCACUUUCGAAAUUUUUCGGGGUUACAAUAGUUCCUCGCCAGUGAUCUGAGAAGUAAAAGCAAGAUUCCUUAUUUUCUAAGUUCUGAAAUUAGGAAAAAAUAAGAUUUCUCUAUGUCCACCCUGUAAACACUGAAUUAACGUAAACUGAAAAUCGUUCAACAGGUUCGUGACUUUUAAAACACAAUCUGCAUUCAAUAAGGGGACUUAACGCUAUAUUUAUUACUUAUAUAAUCUAAUAUAGUAGCCUUGGAUUAGUGUGUGACUAGCAGUUAAGGAGGUAGGUAAUCAAGUGUUUAAAGUGCUGAUCACAUUCGCGCGGGACUUUCAAUCUUAGUUGCAAUUCAUAUGUGGUUGUGGAAAUUUUAAUGUGACAGCCUGUCAAUUCCCCUUAUUUAGAGCUUUUGACUAGACGCAACUAUUUGUCCAGUUGACGUUUGUCCACCUACAUACAGUGGAUGACCUAAAAAAACUGGGGAGGAGAUAUAUUUUGAAAAGUGAAAUUACGCAAAGAUCAAUUUGAUAGAAUAAAUCUAAAGUGCAGCACUUCCUACCUUAUUGAGUACCUGUUUGAAACCAGUGAAAAUGUCUUGUCCCUUCUUAGGAAAACUAACUCAGAGCUACAUAAAAAAUUAUGCUCAUGUCCUUGUGGCCGUGUAUGGCCGUCAGUGCCCUGUGAUAUCUCGUAACAUGGGUAAUAUUGCUAAUGCUGACCCAGCUCUUAAAUGUCAAGAGAUUGAAGGCAAAAGUAAAACACCAUGCCCAUUUUUGAAUGAAGUUACUUCAGCUAUCAAGGAAGUGAAGCAUGACGAUACAUUUGUUGAACCACCAGCUGCAAUUGAAAACAAAAAUGUUGAAGAUAUUUUCCCUUACAAUCAGUUCUUCCACCAACAAAUCAUGAAGAAAAAAAAGGAGCACUCAUACAGAAUUUUCAAGAAAGUAAACAGACUCGCAGGUCCAGGUCAAUUUCCCCAAGCAAUGGAGUACUCAUGGGGUGAAAAACCUAUCACUGUAUGGUGUUCAAAUGAUUAUUUAGGCAUGUCUUCACACCCUGAAGUUAAAAAUGCUGUCAGAGAUGCACUUGAAAAAUAUGGUAGCAGUGCAGGCGGUACUCGAAACAUCUCGGGUAACUCCACAUGGCAUGAGAAAUUAGAAAAAAACAUAGCUAACCUUCACCAAAAAGAAGCUGGACUACUGUUUACCUCUUGCUUUGUUGCCAAUGAUUCAACACUAUUUACUCUUGCAAAGUCUUUACCAGGUUGUCACAUCUUUUCCGACGCUGGAAAUCACGCGUCUAUGAUCCAAGGUAUACGGAACAGCCAAGUUCCCAAGCACAUUUUUAGACACAAUGACCCUCAACAUUUAGAAGAAUUAUUGAAAACUGUAGAUAAAAGGGUGCCUAAGAUUGUGGCUUUUGAAACUGUACAUUCCAUGACAGGAGCUGUGUGUCCUUUAGAGGAAUUAUGUGACGUGUCGCACAAAUAUGGUGCUCUGACAUUUGUGGAUGAGGUUCAUGCUGUUGGGUUAUAUGGAGAACAUGGAGCUGGUAUUGGAGAAAGGGAUAAUGUGAUGCAAAAGAUGGACAUGAUAUCAGGAACAUUAGGAAAAGCAUUUGGAAAUGUUGGAGGAUACAUUGGUUAGUUGACGUUGGCGUUCAGAAACACUACAUGUUCGGUCAUAAGCGAUUUAUAUUAUAUUCGAAUGAGAGACGAAAAUGGAAAACUUGCUUUACAAAUUUCAAUAUUUUCCGACGUCAAAUUUUCCAAAACCCCUCUGUCAUCUAGACGAAAUCCAGUUUUGUGAGUGGAUCGAGUACAGAACCUCAAUUUAAUGUUAGGGCUAACAGGUUCUGCCUCAAAUACGGCACCACUAUUAUAUUUCACUAAUUUUUGUCGGUCAUGUUUUCAGCGCCCCAAAUUGCCUAAGUCUGGGCGUACCAAAUUCAUUUGUUUGUAAAAAAGGGAGACUGAAUCAAAAAUUUUGUACCACAAAUUCAUAUGAGAUCAUUGUCAGUAAUCAUCGCGAAAAAGUACCUCUGAAUGGAUCUCCCUGUAUACUCUCAGACUUAUACAUGAGUGUUUCUUAGGAUCUCAGUUAUCUUAUCUGUAGUUAUUUACUUGAUUGCUUUCAUCUACUGUUUAUGAUCAGUUAUAGGACCUGAGUCAGCAUAAAUCCUCAUGAGCUAGCAUGAUAAGUUAUUUCACUUCAUCAUUUGAAGUAGACUGUGGAAAAAUAUCACAAUUUAAAAAUAUACCGGGUGUUUCAUCUGAAAAAUGUAUAUUUGUUUUGCCACAAUAUUUUUGAUGUGUCAUCUACAUACAACCUUUUUAUAUACCUUUUGUUAAAGAUAGUUUGAAAUAUUGGUAAUGUUUCAGCUGGUGAUGCGAUUUUGAUCGACAUGCUGCGUUCAUACGCAGCUGGUUUCAUUUUCACCACGUCUCUUCCACCUACGGUUUUAGCAGGUGCAUGCAAAGCUAUUGAGAUCCUAGCAUCGGAGGAAGGAAGACAACUGAGAGAAAAACAUCAAGCUAACGUCAAGUAAAUACUCAACGUAUUAUAAAGUGUCAAUAAAACUGAUAGUCAAAUAGUAGUCAAGUCAUAGUCUCGUCGAGUCAUAGUCGAGUUAAUAGUCAAGUCAUAGUGAAGUUAUAGUCAUAGUCAAGUUAUAGUCAAGUCAUAGUCAAGUCAUAGUCAAGUCAAGUCAUACUCAAGUCAUAGUCAAGUCAUAGUCAAGUCAUAGUCAAGUCAUAGUCAAGUCAUAGUCAAGGCAUAGUCAAGUCAUAGUCAAGUCAUAGUCAAGUCAUAGUCGAGUCAUGGUCGAGUCAUAGUCAAGGCAUAGUCGAGUCAUAGUCCAGUUAUAGUCAGUAUUCGAGGCAUAGUCGAGUCAUAGUCGAGUCAUAGUCAAGUCAUAGUCCAGUCAUAGUCAAGUCAUAGUCAAGUC